AUGGAACAGAACUCGGGCGGCCAUUUGUGUGGAAAAAGAACGAUACAAAACGGAAUCGAAAAGAAGCAAAACCCGCUGCAAAACUGGGCCAACCCAGAAACGAUUGACGAAGAAAAGAAGGACGCCGGUCGGAUGGGGAGGAAAGGUGGUGAUGCCGACGGGCGAUGGGGCGGUGGUGUGGAUGAGCAGUUGGUGAUGAGUGAGAAAACAAGGAACGAAAAGCUGCUUUGA